CUCUCUCUGCAGAUAAUUAGCAGCAGCCAAGAAGCCACCGCCGCCGCAGGAAUAUGGCACGAGUAACCAUGGCGACGUCCCCUUCCGCCAGCCCCGCCGGAGAAGUUGUGUUGAUGGAGAAGUACAGACUAGGUCGACUGCUGGGGCGAGGAAACUUCGCCAAAGUGUACUACGCGCGGGCUCUCAAAGACGGCGCUGAGGUCGCCAUAAAAGUGAUCGAUAAGUCCAGCACGGUGAACGCCGCCAUGGAGCCAAGAAUAGUGCGUGAGAUUGAAGCCAUGAGCCGCCUCAGGGAUCACCCCAAUAUCCUAAAAAUAUAUGAGGUGAUGGCCACAAAGACCAAGAUAUACCUGGUCAUGGAACUCGCCAAAGGGGGCGAGAUCACCACCAAGAUCGCCGCCAACGGGGGCAGAUUCAAGGAAUCCACUGCGCGCAGAUACUUCCAUCAGCUCGUCUCGGGACUCGACUACUGCCACCUGAACGGCAUCUCUCACCGCGAUCUUAAGCCUCAAAACCUACUACUGAAUGAAAAUGGAGAUCUCAAAAUCUCCGACUUCGGCCUGGCGGCGCUGCCCGAACAGCUCAUUGCCGACGGCCUGCUCCACACCGCCUGUGGCACGCCGGCGUUCACCGCCCCGGAAGUGUUCGCUACCACCCACUGCGGAGGCUACGACGGUGCGAAGGCGGACGCCUGGUCGUGCGGCAUCAUACUCUUCUGCUUCCUCGUAGGUAAUCUGCCUUUCGACGACUCCAUCGGCAUCCCGGCCAUGUACGUGAAAAUCCUUCGCCAAGAUUAUCAAUUGCCCAAAUAUCUUUCGAAACAAGCCAAGUUCAUAAUUACGCACCUCCUCCAACCAGUUCCCGAUUCGAGAAUGGAUAUUAAGACCGCAAUAACUCAUCCAUGGUUCGCGGAAUUGUUCUCCCUUGACAGCGAUAUUAUUCCUCGCUCCAUUUCAUCUCCAGUGGAACAAUCGACCUCCAUGAAUGCGUUUCAGCUGAUUAAUUCGAUGUCUUCUGGGUUGGACUUGUCGAGGCUUAUCAAUCCAAGGACGAGUAACCAGCUCGAAAGAAGGUUCACAUCGAAAGCAUCUGUGGAAGCCAUAGAGGACAGGAUGGCUGAAGUCAGUGCAAAGAUGGGGUAUAGAGUAGACAGGGGGAGGGGAAUAAUAAGAGGAUUUGCGAAAGGGAAGGAGGUUCUAGUGGCUGAAAUUUUUGUGAUGGUGCCGGAGCUGGUGCUGGUGGUGGUGAAGGUCACUGACGGCGACAGAAUGGGGUUCAGGGAGGAAGAUUUUAUAGGCGGGCUGGAGGACAUAGCUCUUUCCUGGAACAAAGAAGUUUCUUGAAAGGCUUUUUCUUGGAAGAUCUUUAAUGGAGACAGUAGAAAAUUUUCUGUAAAAUAUAUAUGCAAU